UAAUAUUGUUACAGAAUCCUUCCUGCUGGCGGGGUCGUCCAAAAGUUUCGGAAUGGUGAGGAAGAGAUGCGGCCUAACAGAUGAACCACCACCCAACAGAGCGAACACGACGGAGAGGCUCGUCCAGCUGAGGGCUGAAAUGAGGAGGUCCCACUCAGUACAGGGCUCACCGAUAGACGCUUACCUUAUAACUGGGAGUGAUGCUCACCAGAAUGAAUUCGUAGCAGACAAAGAUCGAAGACUGGAAUACAUAUCUGGAUUUACAGGAGAUAUCGGAAGUGCCGUUAUAACCUUGGACAAGGCAGCGCUUUGGACCAUCGACCUUUAUAUUAGCCAAGCUAAUGAGGAGAUUCCAUGCGAUUGGUUACUGAUGAACCAAUCUGUUCCAGUGGCAGAAUGGUUGGCUGGUGAAGUUCAAAGUGGCCGUCGAGUUGGAGCAGACUCUAAGUUAAUAUCAAACAGCCAGUGGGAGAUUUUGGCGAAGCAGUUGUGGGACGUUUCGCUAUAUUUCAUUCCUAUAAAGAAUAAUUUAGUCGAUAUUAACUGGAGCCCGAAACCAAAUCAUACCCAUCAUGAGGCAAUCGUACACCCGAUCGAAUAUGCUGGUGUACAUUGGUAUCAUAAAGUGGCGAUGGUAAGAGAUGCCAUGAAAAUAGAAGGAUGUGAUUCGCUAGUUGUGACUGCUUUGGAUGAAAUCGCAUGGCUCCUCAAUAUUAGAGCAAGAGACAUUCCAUAUUAUCCCGUUUUAAGUUCUUACGUUAUUUUGACAAAAGAUCAAAUUUACCUUUUUGCGCAUACUCGAAAGAUAGGUACUGCUGUUAAAGAUCAUCUUCGAAUAGAAGGAUGCUUUGCAUCUAACUGUGUAAGACUGCGGCCAUAUGAUUCAAUUCUGGACGAUAUAGCAACAAUGGCACAGAAGUGGAAGACAGCCUGCCUCCCAGGUGAACAUCUACUAACUCCUGGCGUCAGCAGAGCAGUAUUCUUUACAGUUCCACCUGAGAAACGAAGGACUCUAGUCUCUCCAAUAGCGAGGAUGAAAGCUGAAAAAAAUGAAGUUGAACGUAAGGGAAUGCAUACUGCUCACUUAAAAGAUGCUGUAGCUUUCUGCGAAGCAAUGUCGUAUAUUGAAAAGAUGAUCAAUAAAGGAGAAGAAAUGGACGAAAUUGAAAUAGCAGAGCUGUUGGACGAAGCUAGAAGAGCUCAAUUGAAUAAUGAAGGUAUCAGUUUCAAGACAAUUGUAGCCUUUGGGAAAAAUGGGGCUUUCCCUCACUACGAACCGAAAAACACGACUGUCCUAAUGGUAGAUAAAACUAAUCUACUACUUAUUGACUCAGGAGCUCAAUAUUUAGAAGGCACAACGGACGUUUCAAGGACUUUCCAUUUUGGCAGGCCAACGGCAGAGCAGAAAGAAAUGUACACAAGGGUACUGAUGGGCCUCAUAGAUUUGGCCUCUUUAACUUUUCCAGCCUCUGUUACUCUUAGCGAAAUUGACGUGAUGGCAAGAGCUCCGCUGUGGUCCGUGGGUCAGGAUUAUAACCACGGGACUGGACAUGGUAUUGGAGCAUUCCUUUCUGUCCACGAAGGUCCAAUACUAGUUUCUAGACAUCCUACCUUACAAGAAGUCUAUAAAGAAGGAUAUUUUUUUUCAGAUGAACCCGGCUACUACAAAGAGGACCAUUAUGGUAUCCGAUUGGAAAACAUAUUAGAAGUGAUUUCCGUCAAUAAGACUGAUGCUGUUGAAAAGUACCUAGCCUUCAAAACAGUAACUUUAAUUCCAUUCGAGCCGAAGUUGAUCAAUCUAAAAAUGUUGAGUCCUAAUCAGGUAAAAUGGCUGAAUGAUUACUACAUGAGAAUAAGUAAUGAAGUUGGCGCUGAGCUAAAACGACAAGGGCGAAUGGAUGCUUUCCAUUGGAUGAUAUCUAAGGUUAAAAUGAUCCCUGAAAGAGCUUAUGCUUACGGUUCAGCAUCAAGAGUUCACAACAAGCUGCUGUGCAUAUCUUCAAUGUUACUAGCUUCUUUAAUUGUAUUCUUACAACGUACUUUUUUAUGUGACUGAAGACUAUUCUUUUAAUGGUUGUGGAGUUACACAACUAAGACAAUAUGGCUAGUCAAAAAUGAGGAAAAAAAUCACUAACUUAUAAACAAAAUGAGAUUAAAAAAUAUUUAAUUUUAUUUACUUAAUGAUUGUAAAAAUAGUAAUGUUGUAUUAAGGCUAAUUUCCAUUCAUUGCCAACGCGGCCUUAUUUUCAUGUGAUAUCAGGAACAUGGUAGAUUACAAGAACAUUCUAAAUUGAUGAUUUUAGAAACAAACAUGAUAAUUUGGUGAGAACAUAAUUGAUUGUGCUUAGAAAUUAAUCUAAAGUCCAUUUAAACUGAUUAUUUUCCUUUUAAAUUAAAAUUUUCAAACAAAUGAAUUCCCCCUAUUCCGUAAGAUUCAUUGAAUUUCAAAGUAAAAGGAUUAGCCUUAUAAGGUUAUACUUUUAUCAUUUUUAUAUGUUAUAUAAUUUUUAUUACAACUAUUAUUAUGCAUGAUAGAAUGUGACAAUUAUUGAUGAUGCUAAAGAAUGUGAUAGACUAUGUUAAGUGUUUUAGAUUGUAAUAAGUUUGCUAUUAGUCAUAUUUAAUUGUAUCGCCAUUUCUUAUAAUUUAUUGGGCAUUGAUUGUUGUUUCAGCUUUUUAUAAUCGAAGUUGCUUAUUUUAAUCCUCUGUCAGUCACAAUGAAAAAUCUCAUUAUAACUGAAAGAAUGAGUGAUCUGAAUUUUGAAAACUUUCAUUAUAAUGAAGUGUAAAUUCAAAAUCAAGGGUAUACACUGGACAGAAUUUUUUUUUUGAAAUUUAAACAAUAUCUCUUGGACUGAAAAAUAUGCCAGCAACUCAACACAGUUGAGCAGCCAUGCAAUAUUAUUGUAUUUUUCUCUCUACAAUUUAUAAAUAUUUUAAUAUGGAAUACAAUUUUUUAUAACUAAUUUUCGGCAAACCUUUUGUGUUAUAUCGUGUUUCAUUUUCUUUCAAAUCAUUUAUAUAAUUAACUCCCGUAUCAUCCUGGCCAUACUUCCAUGUGUAAAAUUAUUGGAAAGGUUAAUUAAUUUAUUAUAAUCAAAUUUGAUAAAAGGGAAAAAACGUUCUAUGAUUUUUUAUUCAUAUGAAAAAAAAAUUAUUUGAAAAGUAUAAUGAUUAUUGUUAAAUGUAACAUAUAAAGUCAAUAUCAGAACUUUUUAACAAAAAAUUAAUAUUAGCUAACAUUUUAUUAGUAAAAGAAUAAAGACCAUCCACUAUGGAAAAGGAAAGUUGGUUAGUAUAUUGCUCAGAAAGAAUUACACAAACUUUAUUACAUAAUUAUAUAAUUUUUUUAGACAAAAUAAAAUUGGGUGCUAGAUUGAAUUAUCAAUUUUGCUACUUCUAUACAAGAACGAAUCUGUUCUUCAAUCCUUUAUUAAAAUUCGAAGGCGAAUCCUUUUAAAAUGCUUAGUUUACAUUAAACUAAGGCUAGUGCCCAAAAGUUUCUUUUGGUAUUGAACGAUUGUUGAGGAAUAUUUAUUUUGUUGAAUAUUGUAGGUUUUAGGACAUUUAAACAUUCUACUGAUUAAAAUAAUUCGUAUAGGCAGCAUGUUGACUGACAAUAUAGCUAUUAUUGAGACGGCCUCCCAUCUAAAUACCUAUCGCGAGUGACGGUGCUUAGUGCUUUGAUUAUUUGUUUCAAUCGCCUUAAUUUGCUCAGCUUAUAAAAUGAGUAAAAAGUAUAAAUCAACAAUUUUUAAUACAAUUCAUUUUUCAAUUAAAUUAAUAAUAAUAAAAGCAUCGGGUGUGUAGUUACUUUUUUUCAAGAUAGCAAUUUUUGCACCUUCUGCAGCUUUCCCCUGAAUCCCUGGUAGUGUACUUGCCGUUUUUUUAAAUCCUUUUGAGCGAGUGGGAUUCAAAAGCAGCGAUAAAAUUAAAGCUAAUUAAUGCACUGGUUUUAACCAGCAGGGAAUUUGUGAAAGUCAUAAAUCCUAAUCUAAAUAAAGGGAAGUUACACUGUCUUACACAAUCUUCUUCUAUUCUCAGAAGCCCAGUGAUAGCAAGAUCUUGGCCCACUCGUGAUAGAGGAGUGACACUUGUACAGUGGUACUUCAAGUUUUAUUCGCCAAAAAAGAUUAUGAUAUAAUAAUAAACACGCAAAAAAGUUCUAAAUUUUCUUAAUGCAUAUUUGCAAAAUUAUAUGAGGGAUGGAUCUACAUUAUGAGAGUGUAGACAUGUUUAUCCCAUGGCCUGUCAACACUUAACUUAUAUUAUUAUCAUUUAUUAUAUUAUAUAUAAUAUAUAUUAUAUAACACUUUUCUUAUAUUUAUUAGCUUAGAAUAAUGUUUCCAACUUCAAAACUUCCAUUAUACAAAUAUUUUUCCUUUUUUUCUCUUGCACUGGCUUCUCUAAACAGAAUUAUUUAAUUUAAAAUGUAUUUUAUUAGCUUUUAUAAAUGGAUAUUUACAAAGUAGAGCUGAGAGACACUUUGAUAGCAAUGUUUUUAGCAGUGCUAUACAGAAUUAUUUAAUUUAAAAUGUAUUUUAUUAGCUUUUAUAAAUGGAUAUUUACAAAGUAGAGCUGUGGUAUACACGUUAACAUCCUCUGUCUCCACUACACUUCCAUUAGAUGCACUGUUGUUUCAAGCUUUUAGCUAAAUACAGAGUGCAGCUCAAACUUAUGUGAAUUUUUUUCCCAUGCUAGUACCCAAUUAAUCAAAAAGUAAACCAAAGAGAUAAGUUAAUCACAAUAUUUCUCUUUAAGCUUCUAUAAGACAACUGCUUAACUGAAAAUACUUUAUUGAAGUUUUAAAUCUAAAAGAUUGUUUCAUCUUUAUAAGAUUGAUGGAUCUUUAAAAAAAAAACACUGAAAUUUCGACUACCUAAGAGAUUAGAGACUCGGAAAAUACUAGGAAUUAUGAAUAGGAAGAAAAGUAUCUGUAAUAUGAGACAAACAUAACUAUAUGAUCAUGAAGAUUUAUUGUACCCAACAUUUGAUUAUGUUGGUGCUGCAAAUUCUAUCGAACAUGACAGAUUGAAUAUUUAUAAAAAGAGAUUAAAUAAAUACAUUAAUGCCUUUAUAACUAGAGGAUAUAAAAUCCUGUAGUUCUAAUUUUGUUUAAAAUAUUUCAAAAAUUAUUUUUUGAAAUAUUUCACUUUUGUACUUAAAUAUGAACAUUUAAAUGGUUAUGUGACAAAAUUCUAAUAUUUUUUCUUUUAUACAUUCUUACAUUUCCGAUUUGUCAGUGACAUUUUGUGGUGAAACAUUUAAGUAGUAAAUUGUUUUGAAUCGAAUAGUUAUUUUUAAAAUUCAAAUAAAAAUAAUUACUGCUUGUAUAUAACUAAAGCUUUAAAAUAAAAUUAAUAAACAAAAAAUAUUUUAAAAAUUUAAAAGGACUUUAUCAUAGACCACUUUAGAAUUGCUUUAAAACAAUUAUUGUUACGCUUUGAUGAUUGAAAGAAUUUUAAUGUUUAAAAUAAUUAUAGCAGGCACAAAGAUUUUGGUAUAAAAAAUAAAUAGUAAUAAUAAAACAACAAUCUUGUAAGUUUGAGAAAUCAAACUAACAAAAGACUUGAGAUAUGGAACUGUUUUAAAUCAUAAGAAUUCCUGUUGAAGAAAACAGGAAUUUUUCUAUGGUAACAUUUUUUAUUUAUAAUAGAAUAAAGAUGUACUUAAAUAAUAUACUUUAUAAGUUAGCAUAUUAAAGAAAAACAUAGAAACAUUAUUUUUUCUUAAAAUAUGAAUUGCUAAUAGAAGUUCAUAUAACCAGUUAUUUAUUUUUUUAAGAUUAAUGUGUAUUUGGUAUUAAUUUUUAAAAAUUUAAAAUAUAGCUAAAUGUAUUUUCAUAUUUUUGUCAAAUAUUCGUACCAGAAAUCAAUGACUUAGAUUAUGAAGGACUUUAAUCUUAAUUAUCUAUUAGAAAAAAAAUGAAUAAAUAAAACACUAUCACAUCUGGGUCAUCCUCAAAUAAACUAACCCCUUUUCUCUCUUUUUUUAUAAUUUUAAUUGGCAACAGAGUAAACCAGAAAAAUUAAAUUUUCAAAAACUUCCCAAAAAGUUCAAAAUUACCUUUAAAAGUACCUGAGAAGGUCCAGCUGAAAUGUUGAAAUUUUAUUGAUUCUCUAUGAAUUUUCAAAAAUGGCUAACUGAUAGUUCAGUUUAAAAAAGUGGCAAGUCACGAAAAAAUUGUUUUUUUUUCUUUUUUAAUGUUUGAAUAUUGCCUGCUUUAACGAUCUCAACGUUUCCAUUCUAGUUAGAAAAAAAAUAGAUUUGAAUGUACCUCUAGAACAAACAUCCGUACCCUUCCGUAUAUCAGAAAUUGUGAGACAUAGAAAAAAAAGGAAUUAAACAUCGUAUAUGUACAUUUAUUUUUAUUUUUUUAUUGCAAUGUUUUAGUACACAAAAAAAGCUAAAAAUUCUCAAAGAUUAUUCCAGAUCGUGACGCUUGUGAAUUUUUCAAGAAGACAAACGUUUUUAUAAUUUUACUUUUUCAUAUUUCUUGAACAAAUUAUAAUGAAAAAUGUUGAUUGUAUUGAAACAGACAGAUAUUUUAUUUGAGGAUGAACCAUAUGAUUACAAAUGUUCUUUUAACAUGUUGACUGCCAAAUACAUGCUCUCUUGAAUUUAUUCUAUGUAAAUAUGAAUAUAUAACCUCAGAGAAGAGAACGAAAAAUCAAAUUUGGCUUAUAUAAACAGAAAAUGUAUUCAUUAUAAGAGUUUCAAAGCACAAAAUAAGCCAAUAUAAUUAGUAUGAUUAAAAAAAAAAAAACUGAUUCUAUCUAAUUUUUUUAUUAAUAUGUACUAAAAUUAGAAUUUUCAGUAAUAAAAUAUGAUCAAACUAAAAUGGCUUUUUAGGCUGGCAUCCUGGAAAAUAUUAAGGUAGUCAAUUUGUCUAGUAGAGAAUUAAAUUUUUCGAAUAGACGCAUUAAUAAUUAAAGCAUGGUAUGAAGACUUUACUUUUAAAUUCAAUGCGUAAAUCCUUUCAUAUAUUUCUCAUGCCCAACUUUGCAUAGUAAUUAUUUUGACUUAUUCAAUAUUAUAAUAGUUUUAUGAAUGUUAUAUGUUGUUAUGUGAUUGUGAAAUAUUUAGUUUUUAAAAAUGUACAGAACUUGUUGUAUACUGCCAUUUUUUUUGCCUGUUGUAAUAUUAGUUUGUAAGUGUUGCCUAGAAACCAUUAUUAUAAUCCUAUUUUAUGUAAAAUUAUUUCCAAGUAUAUUUAAAAAUUUAAAUACUUCAUUCCAUUUAUGUUGAUUGAUCUCAAUGUAUCCAUUUAGUUGUAAUUUUAUAAAAAUAAUCCAUACGUAUCGCAGAUGUCUAUUUGUCAUGUGUAAAAUAAUAUUGAAUAAAAUGCAUAACAAAAUAA